AAAGGACUUUUGCCCUAAAAGUAAAAUGAUGAGAGCAGUUAUAGCGGAAGGGGCAAGGGCAGGAUAAGGUUGUUGACGACAUCUGUUUCUGGGUCUCUGGUAAGGUAUGGCUGUACUUACUACAACACUCUGUUCCUCCCCAAUCAACCGCAUUCACACCGCUACUACUACUACUGAUCUCUCAUUAAAACACUCUAACUGCAAUUUAACGCUGCAAUGGAAGAAACAAGGUAGGAGAAAAUCAUCCGUGGCUGUUGUCUCUAGAAAUUGUUUAAACAACAACAGCUACGAGUACAUGAUGUCUUCUUCUAGUGACGACGAUAUUACUAAGGUUCUUAAGUCUUUUUCGGACCCAUCUGACGCCCUUUCUUUCUUUAAAUCUGCUUCUGAGCUUCCUAAUCUUGUUCAUACUACUGAAUCCUGCAAUUAUAUGCUUGACUUGUUGCGCCUCAAUCGGCGAACAGGGGAUAUGCCUCUUGUCUUUGAUGUCAUGCAGAAGCAGAUUGUUUAUAGGAAUUUGGGUACCUACAUCACUAUUUUCAAAGCCCUUGGUCUCAAAGGUGGGAUCAGACAGGCUCCCUUUGCGCUUGCUCUUAUGACCAAAUCAGGCUUCCUUUUGAACACCUAUUCCUAUAACGGCCUCAUUGAUCUCCUUUUGAAAUCAGGCUUUUGUAAAGAAGCUUUUGCAGUCUACAAAAGAAUGCUGUCGGAAGGGCUUAAACCCAGUCUCAAGACCUACUCUGCGCUUAUGGUGUCAUUGGGAAAACGACGAGAUACUCAAAACGUCAUGCUGCUCUUGAGAGACAUGGAAGGCCUAGGACUCAAACCAAAUGUCUACACUUUCACUAUCUGCAUUAGGGUUCUUGGUCGAGCCGGAAAGAUAGAUGAAGCUUUUCAGCUCUUUCAAAGAAUGGAUGGGGAAGGUUGUGGGCCUGAUGUUGUGACCUACACCGUUCUCAUUGACGCCCUCUGCAAUGCCGGAAAACUCCAGAGGGCUAAAGAAAUGUUUGUGAAAAUGAGGUCUAGUAGUCAUAAGCCGGACCGUGUGACAUACAUUACUUUAAUGGAUAAGUUUGGUGAUUCUGGAGACUUGGACUCCGUUCAAUCGUUUUGGACGGAAAUGGAGGUGGAUGGUUAUGCAGCCGAUGUUGUGACUUUCACUAUUUAUAUCGAUGCGUUAUGCAAAGCUGGGAAGAUUGAUGACGCUUUUGUUACCUUAAACUCGAUGAAAGGUAAAGGGAUUUCUCCAAAUCUCCAAACGUAUAAUACCCUAAUUCGUGGGCUGUUAAGAGCUGACAGAGUAGAUGAGGCGUCAGAGUUGUUUGCUAGUCUUGGUUCGUUGAAUAUUGAACCCACUGCUUACACAUACAUACUUUUUAUCGACUACUAUGGGAAACUAGGGGAAGCUGAUAAAGCUCUUGAAACGUUUGAGAAGAUGAAGGUUCGAGGCGUUGUACCUAAUGUUGUUGCGUGCAAUGCAUCGUUAUACAGUCUUGCAGAACUUGGUAGAAUUGGGGAGGCUAAAAAGAUGUUUUACGAGCUUAAAAAGAGCGGGAUUGCUCCAGAUUCAAUUACUUAUAAUAUGAUGAUGAAGUGUUUUAGUAAAGCAGGGAAAAUUGAUGAAGCAAUGAAGUUACUUUCUGAGAUGGUGGAAACAGGAUGUGAUCUGGAUGUCAUCGUGCUUAAUUCUUUGAUUGACACACUUUAUAAGGCCGAUCGGGUGGACGAGGCUUGGGAUAUGUUUAAUAAAAUGAAGGAAAUGAAUCUCUCGCCUACGGUUGUGACUUAUAACACAUUGUUGGCUGGUUUGAGGAAAGAAGGCCGGGUUCAUGAAGCAAUAGAGUUAUUCGAAAGCAUGGGUUCAUGUGGGCCCCCUCCGAACACGAUUACUUUCAAUACCCUUCUUGAUUGCAUCUGCAAAAAUGAUGGAGUUGAUCUGGCCUUGAAGUAUUUGAAUGAAAUGACUUACAGGAACUGUCGGCCCGAUGUUUUUACUUACAAUACCAUCAUUUAUGGUUUAACAAAGGAAAAUCGGGUUCUUGACGCUUUCUGGUUCUUCCAUCAAAUGAAGAAAUCAUUCAGUCCUGACUGUGUAACUUUAUGCACGAUAAUCCCGAGCAUCGUCAAGUAUGGAAAGGUGGAUGAUGCUUUGAAAAUGACCCAAGGAUUUAUUCGUGUCCGAAAUAGAAACAGGCCCAAUAAGAUAUUUUGGAAAGAUUUGAUGGAAGGAAUCACAAGUGAAGCUUCAUUAGAUAAUUCUAUCCUGUUUGUGGAAGGACUAAUAUCGAAUGGAACCUGCACUAACGAUUCGGUUGUGAUUCCUCUCAUCAAUACCUUGUGUAAGCAGAAGAAAACCCUUGACGCGCAUUCAUUGUUCUUGAAGGUAACAAAAGAUAACGGGAUUCAACCGACACUCGAGGCAUACUAUCCGAUGAUUGACGGUCUUCUUGAAGAUGAUUUUCAAGAAAAGGCUUGGGAGUUGUUCAAAGAAAUGAAGAACUCGGGGUGUGCUCCGGAUGUUUUCACUUAUAAUUUGCUGUUAAAUGAUCUUGCAAAGUCUGGGAAAGUCAACGAGCUGUUUGACUUGUAUGACGAGAUGCUUUGCAGGGGUUGUAAGCCGAACACGAUAACUCAAAACAUACUGCUUAGCGGUCUUGUGAAGUCGAACAGUUUAAAAAAGGCAAUGGAUUUAUAUUAUGAUCUUAUCAGUGAUGGUUUUACUCCUACUCCUUGCACAUGUGGACCUCUAAUUGAUGGCCUUCUAAAGAAGGGGAAAUUAGACGAAGCAAAAGACUUUUUUGAUGAAAUGGUGGAGUACGGAUGCAAACCGAAUUGUGCGAUCUAUAACAUCUUGAUGAACGGGUAUGGAAAAGCAGGCGAUGUUGAAACUGCAUGUGAAUUGUUCAAUAAGAUGGUGAAGGAAGGAAUAAGACCUGAUUUGAAAUCUUACACUAUUCUGGUAGACUGCUUGUGCUUAGUAGGGAGGGUGGAUGAUGCUAUGUACUAUUUUGAGCAGAUGAAGGGAACGGGCCUUGACCCGGAUGUAGUUGCGUACAAUCUGAUGAUCAACGGGCUUGGAACCGUGAGGAGAAUAGAGGAUGCGUUGGGGCUUUUUGAUGAGAUGCGUGCCAGGGGGAUCUCUCCAAACUUGUAUACAUAUAAUGUUUUGAUACUUAUUCUUGGGAUUGUUGGGAGGAUAGAGGAAGCAGGAAGGAUGUAUUCGGAAUUACAGGUUAUGGGUUUGGAGCCGAACGUGUUCACGUAUAACGCUUUAAUAAGAGGAUAUAGCCUCUCGGGAAAUCCGGGUCAUGCUUAUGCUAUUUAUGAGAAAAUGAUGGUUGGAGGUUGCAGCCCCAACACCGGGACAUUUGCUCAGCUUCCUAAUCAACCAGGUUUGCUCAUCUGAAGAGGGUAUUGAAGAUCUAUUCUUGUACAUGUUAGUCAAAUACGAGCUUUGUUUUCAGGUCCAUGUUAGUUGAUAGAGCAACAAUAAUUCAAAGUUCAACUGUGAAUAUCAAAUCAAAUACAUAUUACAUCAUGUACAUGGCAUCUUCUCAAUC